UCAGAAUGACCCUUUGUUUUAUUCUAAAUCGCAGUUCUCAGAACGACGCCGCUUGAAUAGAAUAAUGUCGCCCCCCUUCCUGUCCGCGCAGAACAAAAGCGCGGGAGAAUUCUCCUUAAUUUUGCUCUGUACAAAUAAAUAAUUAUACUCCGAGUAACCACUAAAUCGAACCACCAAAAUCAAUGGCGAGAGGUCACGACCUCGAUUUAGAGAAAGCUCGACUCCUAAGCUUAGCACUCGAAUGCGGUUUCGACGAAGAAUCAGCCAAGAAAUGCUUAGACCGUUUAAUUUCUCUUUACGGCGACGACGGUAAAGAUUUUGUGACUGUGGAGUGUUGUGGAGAUGAUUAUCUUGCGGCAUUAGCUGAAUCUAUGCAAGAUAGUGAGGAUUGGGAUGAUGAUGAUAUCCAAGCUAUUGAAUCUGAAGCUUGUGGUGCUUUGAGUAGUUGUUAUAUGUUUGAUAAUGGUAAUGUUAAGGUUGAUAGUUGUGAUAAUAAUGAUAAUGAUAAUGAUAAUGUAAGAAGUUAUAUAAAUGUUAUUGAUGAUGAUGAUGAUGAACUUGAAAAUAAACAAAACUGGAUGGAUUUGGAUUCUGAUAGUGAUUCUGAAGAUCCUGAGUUUACUAUCGUGAAGGGGAAAGCUGCGGCUAGCUCGAGUAAAUGCUCCUCGAGAUCUACAGAAUGUAAGAGCAGUGUUACUCAAGGCUCUGCUUCAUUAAUUCCCAACAAAAAGAAGAAUCAUGGGAUACAAAAAGAUGGACAACUGACACUAAGUUAUGAAGAAUUGCAGGCUUUAGAUGAUUUUGAGUUGGCAAAUGUGGUUAUAUUUGGCAAUAUGGCAUUCCGUCCAUUGCAGCAUCAGAUUUGUAAACUGUCUUUGGCCAAGAAAGACUGUUUUGUUCUCAUGCCUACUGGAGGGGGUAAAAGUUUAUGUUACCAGCUUCCAGCAACCCUGAAACAAGGUGUUACAGUGGUUAUAUCUCCCUUGCUUUCCCUCAUCCAGGAUCAGAUCAUUACGCUCAAUCUCAAAUUUGGAAUACCGGCAACUUUUUUGAAUUCUCAACAAACAGCCCCCCAAGCUGCAGCUGUCCUUCAAGAGCUAAGGCAAGACAAACCAUCUUGUAAACUCUUGUAUGUGACUCCUGAAAGGAUUGCAGGAAAUCAAGCAUUUCUUGAAAUACUAAAGUGUUUACAUCGGAAGGGACAAUUGGCAGGAUUUGUUGUUGAUGAAGCACACUGUGUGAGUCAAUGGGGACAUGAUUUUCGUCCAGAUUAUAGAGCGUUAGGGUGUCUUAAACAGAAAUUUUCAGAUGUCCCACUGAUGGCUUUGACUGCAACAGCAACCCAGUCAGUUCGUGAGGACAUUUUAAAAGCCUUAAGAAUUCCGAAUGCUGCUGUACUAGAAACUAGCUUUGAUAGACCCAAUUUAAAGUACGAAGUGAUUGGAAAGACCAAGGAAUCACUAAAGCAGCUUGGACAGCUUCUAAAGGAACGUUUCAGGAAUCAAUGUGGAAUAGUCUACUGCCUUUCAAAAAAUGAAUGCUCUGAGGUGUCAAAUUUUUUGAAUGAAAAAUGCAAGAUUAAAACCGUAUAUUAUCAUGCCGGUCUGGCAGCUCGUCAAAGAGUUGAAGUUCAGAGGAAAUGGCACACUGGUGAAGUCCACAUUGUAUGUGCUACUAUUGCUUUUGGAAUGGGAAUAGAUAAACCAGAUGUUCGUUUUGUUAUCCACAAUACACUAUCCAAAUCAAUUGAAAGCUACUAUCAAGAAUCUGGAAGAGCCGGAAGAGAUAAUCUACCUGCUGCAUGCAUUGCUCUAUACCAAAAGAAAGACUUCAGUCGGGUUGUAUGCAUGUUAAGGAGCGGACAAGGAUAUAAAAGGGAUAGCUUUAAAACUGCAAUGGCUCAAGCUCAGAAAAUGCAACGCUACUGUGAACUCAAGGCUGAAUGUCGAAGACAAACGUUACUCGAACACUUUGGAGAGUCUUUUCAUCGAAAAGAUUGCAAAUAUGGCUCUAAUCCAUGUGAUAACUGUCUCAAGACUUCUUAAGUAGAAAAUGGCCAACUUCAAGACUGUGUAUGAGCCCACAUUCUGCCUCUUCUUUUGGGCGUAUACGCACAUGUAUGGGGAAUGCUUUCGACAUAGAUGGCGGUUUUGAAAGAAGAAAUGUGUUUCACACAUCCUAAUCAAAGGGAGGAUCAAACCCUACUCAGUUAUUAUCAGCUAAAGGUACUUCAGAACAAACCCAUUGCUUUGAUUUUGGACUUUCCUGUAACAUUUGCAACUAUUUCACAUGCUUAUUGUGCGGAUGCAUGUGGUAGAAUGUCUAGAGUGGGGUUGGGUUGGAGGCAAGAGACAUAUAGCUGAACACAAUACCUUGGGCCACAUUACCAAUUUUCUGUACGUAAAUUGCAUUUGCAUGAUUUAGUAAUUGAUUUUCUGGCUCUUGAAAGUUUUUCAAUUAGCUACUGAGAGGAUUAGAGACUUUUGUUUGAGGCCUGAGGUUAAUUGGUCCCUUGUUUUUUUUUCUCUGACCUA